AUGUACUUCACAAGUGUUGAUUCUCAUUCCUCGUUCAUUAAAAGACUCCGCAUCUACCUCAAAUGUAAUACUAAAAUGAUAAUUAAAAUUAAAUGGUGUAUUUCAAUCUUCUAUGCAGUACCAAUUCAACCGAAAAUAGAAAUUAUAUCCUCAUCAGCACUAUUACUAACAUGGAAUGAAACCGAAGACAAGUCUCUCAGCUUCAAUAUUACGCUUUACGCCGACAGCGUGUUUCAACUUUCUGAAAUAUCGCCUCAAUCCACGAAUCAGCGUCUGUUUGAAAACUUGUCUCCAUUCACUGUGUAUUCAGCCACACUUGCUUUUUGUAACACCGAUGGAUGUGGGCCGCCAUCAAAGAAGACUUACGGCGUAACUUGGCCUGGCCUGCCCUCGGCUCCACGUGAGGUGGUUGCUCUUCCGGUAGAUAACAAUGCAUUGACGGUCAUUUGGAGUCCCCCCUCAGAACCUAACGGCAAUCUCAUUGGAUACGUUGCUUUCUCCCAGUCACCAUACCAUGAAUGUUCCACCAGCCUCCCUUAUCAACGUCAGUGCACUUUGUAUAAUCUACCAGCAAAUGUCACCUAUGGUAUCAGGGUACGAGCAUGUACAGGAUCUAAUGUGCAAAAUCAAGGUGGGGGGUGCGGUGUAGUAUCAGACUCAGUUUCAGCAUCAACUUGGAAUGGAGGUUUGGAUAUUGGGCUUUUGGAUGCACUUGCGUCACAAAUUUUUUACGAAGAUUCUAGUGAAGGGCGGUCUACAACUUCCAUUAAUCUUUUUAUUCCAUUUUCACUGAUCCCUUUUAGCCAAACUGGACCGUUGGAAAAUAUUACCAUGGUGGUUCAGGAGGCUAAAUAUUACAAUGAUUUAAAUGAGAGUCAGAUCAACCCCUAUAAAUCUUACCCUUACGCCACCGUUAUAUAUCAGCCGAAUCCAAUUGAAGGCACAUACAGAGACCACGAGAGGUACAGUGGAUGGGAGGUGAUAAUGAAGAGUUUGGGAGAAGAUGGAAGUGUUGAUACGAUUUCUGAUGGACUAUUUGAAUUAGGAAGUGGAGAAGGUACCCCCAGAAAUUCUCAUUACUUCAAUGGACCCCUUCAAAGUGGAACAACAUACGCGUUGGUACAGAUAUCGAUCGCAUAUGUUACUCCAUAUGGACCUCACCAAACAAAUAUUGUUCCACCAGUGAAUACUAUAGACUACAAUGAGUACAUGGAAAAUCUGCUCUCUAGCCCAAAUGAUAACCUAGAAAUUCAAUUUCGCCUCCUUGCAUUGCUGAUUAGGCAACAGGCAAAUCGGCAUCAAUUGACCUCGAAAUGCGCCACUUUGCUUGGGGGGAAAGUUGAUGGACCGAUUCCGUAUGAUCAGUCAUUGGUAUUUGAAGACACACAAUGGUCGGAUAUGCUUGCACAAACCUACAUGUUUAACUGUGUGGUAAGUCCUUUUCCUCUUGACGCUGUAAAGUGA